GUACAAUUGUACAGUUUACAAUGAAAAAAGUAAACAUCAAAACUUUAAAGAUAAAUAAGGGUCUAACUAUAAUUCUGAAAUUCUAGGAAGUCUUUGUCUAUGCCCCUGUUGUCCCUGCUGAACGAGGACGGAGAGGAGCUACCUGUACACCUAGAGGAUAUCGAGGAGAACGAGGUCUUUCAAGACGCACCCAUCAUCUCUCCGCUAACUCCCAAGCUCACCCCCACAAUCAGAGCUCAGAACCUAUCACCAUUCUGGCUUAGUGGUGCCAAUAACCUUCCACUUCCACAGAUCUCCGGAUCGACAGGAGAUUCACCUCUAGAUCCACUUCGUAGUCCUGGAGCUGGAGUAGGGUUCUCUAUGCUCCAUGCUGCAGCUAUAACAGGAGACUGUUCAGGACUAGAGAAGCUUGCGAGCGGAAAUUUCUGUGAUAUUGAUUUACGAGAUAAAUUUGGUCGAACUCCUCUGAUGUACGCAAUUCUUGGAAACUAUCCAGCUUGCGUAGAUAUUCUUCUUCAGAAUGGAAGCAAUGCAACAUUAGUGGACAGCAGUGGUAGGAACAGUUUACACUGGGCAGUGCAUCAUGAUAAUUUCGACUGUGUUCGAUCAAUUCUCAGCAAGGUUAAGUUAGACUGGAAAACACCGGAUCAGGGAGGGGUAACAAUUCUCCAUCUAGCUGCCAGGGAAGGUUAAACUUGAUAUAGAAUGGAAAAAUUUGUCCA